AUGACAUCUGAUACAGCUGAUCCUUGCAGAAUAAAUGUGGACUUGAAAGAGAACUGGAGGAUCUAUAGCGACUUUUUUGCACAAGGACUUGCGACCCUUCUAUCACAUCCGCAUUUUUCACUAGUGUACGUUCCAGAAAAUGGUGCCAACAAAAUGAAGAUUGUAAAACCUGCCACCGAUUCGUACCACCGAGAACGCAUGAUACAAAGGAUGAAUGCAGCGAUAUAUAACCCAUCACCUUAUUAUGCAUUAUCGCAUCUCUGGGGAGUCUCAGGCAGCAAUCGGUACCUGUGGAAGGAGAUUGGGGACUAUGUGGAUGAUGAAAAUGGGCAACCAGCUGAGCCUAUAUCUAUGCGACCUGAAAAGCGUGCCACCCUACUUAGUCUCCUUGGACGUAAUCCUGAUAGUUACUGGUGGAUCGAUGUGUUAUGUGCACGCACUGACACACCCUUGGAUAUUAUGGGAGAUAUUUAUGCUUGCUGUUUUCGAUGCUAUGCUAUGAUGGAUUGUGAGCCUAGCGUCAUAUCACAACUUUGUAUGAUGAAGGACAAGGAAUAUGAAUUUAAUGAGCUUGUUGUUUUCGGAAACCUCUCUCCCAGACAACUCAUUGAUCGAUAUCUGCAGCUCAUUGAUCACUUUCAUACGUUCACGAAUUGUCAGUGGUGGAAGCGUGUGUGGACAUGGCAAGAAAUGGUGCUACCACUAGGAAGAGGCUUGUAUUUUAUAGCUGAAACUGCGUCUCAUCUAUCUGAAAACGACAUAAUCCAUAUCAAUGAUGUAUCUACCUUUGAUCGAAUGCUAUUGCCUUUGAGGAAUACAUGUAUCAAAAUAAUUAAUGAAAAUGCUGUCUUGAGCAAGAUAAAGACCGCUUCAGCGUGUAUUUCUGAGGCGGUAAAGACUCGAAGCUUGGACCUAUCAAGAAUCCACAAGGAAUGGCACAUUGAAAUUUCUGCAUUGGAAAAGAUAGACGCUGUAUCAGGGCCCAUGGAGGAAAUGAGACGAGCAAAAUGUUACAGCGCAUACAGGAUGGUCGAGUUUGAUCCAAUGAGUAUCGUCGAUGUGAUUGAGUCUUUUGGAACGUCUCCCAGACGAUGUAUGGAUCCAGUUGACUAUGUCUAUGGUGUAUUGGGUGUAAUCCCCUUUGACAUUCCAAGGAUGACUGAUCCCAAGAAAGUCUGGCAACAGUUUUUGUCCCACCUUGAAAAGCUCAUCCCGCCGCUCAAGAAGAGAAUGGCAAGCAUGCGCCCUCAAGUAAAAAUCCAAGGGAUCAAUGAUCGUGCAUAUCAAGUUGAUUUAUCAACUGCUAGCAAUAUGGCUGAUGUAUACAACAAUUUGAUAAUAGUAGAGGUGGAUGCGUCAAAGUGGUAG